AGGAGACCUUGUCGGGCAACGAGCUGAGAGGAUGGGAUUUUUAAAGACUUCUCUGGUUUUGGUCUAUGCGUUUCUCUUAGUAAGGGCAACAGACAAUGGGCUUCAAGAGCCAACUGGGGAUGGUUUUACAGAGUGCAGGAAACGGCAAAACUUGACUGCCCUUGAGGUUCUGCCUGGAGGAGGCUGGGACAACCUGAGGAAUCUCGACCGAGGACGAGUGAUGAACAUUAGCUACUCGCUGUGUAAGACCAGUGAGGAUGGGAAAUAUUUCAUCCCAGACCAGGUCUACGUGGUGCCCCAGAAACAGACCAGCAUGGAUAUUGUGUCGGAUAUGAUCAACAGCUGGAUGGACUACAAAAGCUCCACCAGUGCCUCGAUCAACUCUGAGGUGUCCUUCCUUUCUAUCCUGAAUGCCAAGUUCUCCGCCAGUUUUGAGAGGGUCAAGACUCACCAGGUGCGGGACAGCAGCAUGACCACAAGAAUCCAGGUGAGGAACUUAAUGUACCGGGUCAAAUCCAUACCCAAUUUCCAGCUGGACCAAGGGUUCAAGCAGCAGCUGAUCGAGAUAGCCAACUACAUUGAGAACAACCAGACCAAAGCUGCCGAUUACUAUACCCAGUUGCUUGUUCUUAACUACGGGACCCAUGUGUUGACUGGUGUCGAUGCUGGUGCUAGCCUGGUGCAGGUGGACCAGAUAAAGUCCAGUUUUGUGUCCGAUAGCUGGAGUCGAAAGUCCAGCAUCAGUGCCUCAGCAGGAGCCACCUUCUUCCACACAGUGAAUGUGGGCUUGAGCAGUCAAGUGGAGAGCACUGAUCAGUUCACCAGACAUUAUGUGGGCAACAGAACACACUCAAGGAUUGAGAGCAAUGGUGGUGUGCCCUUCUACCCUGGAAUCACCCUGCAGAAGUGGCAGCAGGGGCUCUCCAAUCAGCUGGUGGCCAUCGACAGGAGUGGACUGCCCCUGAGCUUCUUUGUGACCCCAAUGAACAUUCCCGAGCUGCCGAAGCCCACGGUAACCAAGCUCUCCCAGGCUAUCGAGAGGGCCAUCACCCUCUACUACACCGUCAACACCCACCCGGGCUGCGUGGACCUCAAUUCUCCCAACUUCAACUUCCAGGCCAACCUCGAUGAUGGCUCCUGUAAGGAGGCUGGCACCAAUUUCACCUUUGGAGGCAUCUACCAGCAGUGCACCCCUCUGUCAGGACCAGGCGCUCAGUCCCUGUGUCAGGCCCUGACCCAGAAGAACCCCCUGACUGGGGCUUUCAGCUGUCCUUCUGGUUACUCGGCCAUUCGCCUGCACUCAGGCCUACGGGAGGAGGGUGUCAGCCAGUAUGAGUGUCACCGCCACUGCCACUCAUGUUGGAUUGUGCUGAGCUGCUGCAAAGACGUGUGUGGUGAUGUUUACUACGUGAACAAGGCCCACUUUGACGCCUACUGGUGUGCGGCGACGCCAGGCACCUCGGUGCCCCAGAACACGGGUUACCUCUUUGGCGGCCUUUACGGCCCCAAGUCCAGCAACCCCCUGACCCAGGGCCACUCGUGCCCCAUGGCCUUCUACCCCCUCCACCUCUUUCAGCACCUACGGGUUUGUGUGAGUGAAGACUAUGAGAUGGGCCUCCGCUACUCGUUGCCCUUCGGCGGCUUCUUCAGCUGCGAGGCAGGCAACCCGCUGGCUGCCCAGCCUCAAAGCCCGGGCAAGGACUCUGCACGGGAGGAGGCCAGUGCUUAUCCCAAGCGCUGCCCCAGUGGUUACAGCCAGCACCUGGCUGCUAUCAGCGAUAGCUGCCAGGUCCUCUACUGUGUGAGGUCGGGCUCCUUUAAUGACCUCAAUUUGGCCCCCAUCAACCUGCCUCCAUUCAUGCACCUUCCUCUGCUCACCAUGGGCUCCACCAAUACGGUGGUUGUCAUGUCUGAGUACCAGGAGCCUUGGGUGAAGGACACGGCCACCAAUCUGUGGAGAGUGGUCCCCGUCUCAGAUGCCCGCCGCUUGUUUGGCGCCAGUCCUUCCAGAGGACCUGGGGUGGCAGCUGGCAUCUCCAUUGCCAUCAUCCUGGCCCUGGUUGGGAUGCUCGGCCUCACCUUCUACGCCAGGAAGCGCUGCAGGAACCGGGGGUACCAAACUCUGGAGAGCGAACAUCUGGUGAUUUCCACCUCCAGCUGUGAGAACGCAGAGAGCCAGGACUCUCCUGAUCCAAACACUGAUGCCUGAAUCCCAGUGGGUUCAGGCUAGCUCCUUGACCACAACUGGAACAAAGACUGCAGAGCCUUCCUACAUCCACCCAUGGAAUGGACAGAGCAAAAAAAAAUCAAUGAGAGUGAUGGUCACAUGAACAGCGAUGGUGUUGAGUCUGGGUUGGGUAUUUAAGGAGAAACAGUGAGAGAGUAAAAUGUCUGGGUGAGAUGUUAACAUCUCAGGGCAGGAUGGAAGAGAGUGGGAUUAGAUUGAUUGGGAAAUAAACAGAAGAGUGGGAUAGACUGAUGGGGAUAUUAAAAGAAACCACAUUGGUUUAGACUAACAGACACUAAUUGGCCUGUUUCUAACUGAAUAAUUUAUGUGACUUGAACUGCAAUUCUGCCAACCUUACUAUGACGAAUGUCCAAUAAACGUCACACUCUCUGCCAUUUUUGUACCCCUUUGAACCAAACGAGAACAUAAUGUUUGUGAAUCAUCCAUUAAUUAUUACUGCAAAUAACAUUACUGGUAAUUUUUAUUAAUCAUACUAAGAGGUGCUACAAAUUGAGAGUAAUUUUAGGGUGUAUAAUACUACUGUAACAUGGAGAGACAGAAAACAAUAAAACAUUAAGAUCCAGUUGUGGUGUCUUUGCAAAAUAAAAUUGAGUUAGAUUCA